AAACAUAAAAUUUAAUCAGUUCUGUAAAUUUAUAGAGUUCUGUAAAUUUACAUCAGUUUGGCGAAUGGGCUACUUUAAAAAAUGGUUGUAGCCACACGAAAGCGCAAUUCUCUCACAGAAUCGUUGAAAACCCGGGAUGUAGUGCUAUUACAAUAACAAGGGUGCAAAAACAACAUCAAAAUUUUCAGCAAUAACAAUGGGGGAUCAGCCCCCUGAGUUCCCGACGACUACAUCCUGUUGAUAAUUUAAACUCAAGGCGAUGAACUAGAAAACUGUAUGGAACUAACUGCUGAAAAACAUCACCAAAAUGUUAGUGAAACCUCUGCUUGGAUCAAAAGAAAGCUGAGUUUUUGCUUACUUAGAACUGCAGUAAUUUGUAUAAGAGGUUCUAGGUCCCGACAACAUGUUGUCCUUAUUGGUGAAUUGGGUGACAUUGACACUAGAAACAAUUUAUCUAACAUCAUUAAUUAAAAACAUUAUGUUUGUUAUUUGAAUGUAUGUUCAUUUAAUUUUGUAAACCGGCAGCUUAUCGAUAUAUAAACAGUGAUGAAUUCAUCAAGUAUAUAUAGUAGUUUGAUUAUACCACUAAAAAAACUGUAUGGAGCACUGACCAUCUGGAGCCUCGUGUUUAUAAAAAUUAAAAAGAGGUUAUAUGCUAAUGUCCAAAGCUUGAAGUAAUGGCGGCUGUCUGAUAUGGGUUUUAACUUGUAAAUAGAGUUGUAAACAACGAAGUUAACAUAUCAUUGAAAGUCUUUUUCGGAUGACCCAUGUCCAUUUAUUCAGAUACUUUCUGAAAAUUUGGAAAGUUAAAGUUGUAAUCAUAUUUUGCCAAAACAUUCAACAAUAAUGGCAGAUGGCAAAGAAACAAAAGAAAAUCGAGAUGAAACAGCAAAUGCUGAUGAAAAUUUGCCAACUGAGACAAUUCGCACUGGAACUCCUCGCAAAUCAAAGGCAAAAGAGCUGAUGAUAACAGAGGAAUUUUGUGUUUUUUGCUAUGGAUCUCCAAGUAGCAAUGAUGAGGACUUUGAAGAGCUUUUAAUGUGUUCUGAAUGCCUUAAGUUUGCUCAUCCAACCUGUCUAGAGAUGCCUUUGGUGGCAGUUGAAAAAACCAAGAUUUAUGCAUGGCAAUGCAAUGACUGCAAAGGCUGUUAUGCUUGUGGGAAGAAAAAUAAGGAGAAAUCCAUUAUCUUGUGUGAUUAUUGUGAUCGAGGUUUUCAUAAAUUCUGUCUGGAGAAAAAGCCAAUAAUUCUAAGAAAAAAGUCCUGGAAGUGCCCUUGUUGUGAAGAAGAUGACAAUAUUCUAGAUACUGAUGGAAACUCUUCCGAGAAAAAUAAGGCCGAUCAAAGUAGGCAAGAAAUAAUAGUUGCAGGAGACGAAGAUGAAGAGACACUCAUUGAAAUGAAGAGUGGGAAGGAACAUCAUUCCUCUGAUACCAAAGAUGAUGAAGAAAUGCAUUCGAACAUUGAUACUGAAAAGGCUUCACCGAACUUGGGAACAACCGAACACAAACAAGAAGCUGCACAUGGCAGAAGUACAGUAAGCAUUGUAAGUAACACAGUUAUUGAAAAUGUCAAAAAAACUGUACAUCAGUCAGGUGCAGUUAAAGAUGAUACUGGCAAGCUGAUUCACGUUUGUAAAGAUGAUCCUUCUAGAGGUUCUGCAAAGAAGGGAUCGACAACUCGAAGCCGGCAAGUUAAGUCUGUGGAAAAUAAGGCAAAGGAGAAAGUAGAUGCAAAGGGGGGAGAAGAAGCAAAGGGAGGAGAAGAUGCAAAGGGAGGAGAAGAUGCAAAGAGGGGAGAAGAAGCAAAGGGGGAAGAUGAAUCUAUUGAAAAAGAUGAAAAGAAAAAGAUAGAGGGUACUACAGGGGUAGAAGGAAAUUCUGUGGAAAAAAGGAGCCAAGGCGAUGUAGCAAUAGUUGGCAAACGGAGCGGCAGGGCCAAGACUUUAAGGGCUGGUAAAGAUCCACAAGAGAGAAAAGGUUCUACGAAAGUAGAAGCCGAUAAAAGCGACGCAGUGGUUGAGACAGAAAAUAAUUCUGCAAGGAAAGAUGCGAGCGGAAAUUGUAACGAGAAUGUAGAAGAACUGGCUAAUUCUGAAAAAAACAAAACAGCAAAUUCGUAUGAGGGGGCGGAAAAUUACUCUAGCAUCACAAAACGAGAUAUUCAAAAUGCAGAAAUGCAAGAUGAGUCUGCAAAUAGCGAUGACAAAGAAUUGGGUAAAGAUAUAGGAGUAGAGAGAAGGGAAAGCAAGGGCAAAAGUAACACUAAAAGUAGUACUGCUAAGCAGGAUUGGAAAAAUACAUAUGAUGUUGAUGUCAUGGUUGAAGAUAUUUCUCGAACGAAAAAGAAAAUCGAAGAAAAUGACAAAACUGUAGACACAGAAAAUAACUCUACCAAGAAAAUUAAGAAAGGCUAUGCAUUGAGAGUUCCGAAACGGAAGCUAAGGUCGCCUGGAGGAGGUAGAGAUAAUGAUGAAGAGGAACAGAAAAAGUUGGCGAGGCCCGGGAUUUUUCUGCCAACAGAAAGAGAAAGAAAGAGGGUCCUGAAGAGGAAAAUACGGAAUAUCACUCUGUAA